AAAAGUUGUUAGCAUUUAUAAUAAUAUCGUCCUUUUGUAAUGUAUGGACAUGCUAUUUGUUGACAAAAUAAAAUAAUUUUGAGGUAGAAUUAAACAUGUAAAAGCCACAACUACAUAAAGCCUACAAUUCAACGAAAGACACCUUCAAUUUGAUUAAAAACUGGCAAAUAUAACUUGUUUGUCGCCAAUUGUGCGUAACAGUCAGCCGAGGGCGCCAGAAUCGCGCGGAGACCGACUCUCUUUUCAGCACGCGCGUCAUCGCUUCCUGAGGCACGCGCAAUUGGUGACCUCGCUCGCUCACUCGCUCCUCUGUGGAAAAACUCGCCGACCGUCUGUGUUUUCGGAGGGAAAGUUUCUUCGUUUGACGGCGCGCUGUCGACAAGAUUUGCAGCACGGGCACCUUUAUUCACCUGGAUUACCAUCAUCCGCGACUCCGGCAAAACCUUCUCGAAAGGUGGAUUUGUGCUGUUCCCCCUAUUUGUGCGUGACAACUGUACUCGAGUCCUCGCGGCUUCCGGAUAUAUUAGCGUUACUCUUAUUACUGUAUGUCUCGAAAAGGAUCGCACUUCACGGAUUUUCGCUGCAUUUUAACCCAGUGAACUCAUUGCUUUUAAUCACACAUUCUUUUUCCUUAAAGUGCAGCACAAACAUGAAGAUAAGCACGUAAGUGUAAAGAUUAUCCCUGAUGAAAGGAGUCGAGCGUUUAGCUCGAGUUCACUAGGGUCACGUCCUGAUGAUGACAGUAAACAUGGAUGGCGGUCUCCAAAAUGGACCCGGACAGCACAAGAACUCACAAGAUGAUGAAGAGGCGCUCAACUCCAUAAUGAAGGACCUGGCAGCUUUACGCUUCUGCUACCAGCUUAAGACCAACAACAGUAACAAGCCCAAGAGCAGAAGCCAGGCCUACAGACAGGAUUUGCGGGUGAAGCUGGAGCAUGAACAAGAGAAACGAAUCAUCCCGUUCCAGAGACCAGUGAAGUUUAGAGAUCUACUUCAAAAGGUGAUGGAGGCUUUCGGGCAGCAAAUGGACCUUUACUACACUGAUAAAGAGAUGUUGCUGGCUUUGAAGUGUCAGGAGGAUUUGGACCGAGCAGUUCAGGCUUUGAGCUCCAGCACUGGAAUGAACAACCUGCUGAGAGUGAUCCUGAAAACACCUCCCAACAACAAUUUUCUUCAGGUAAGCGCCCAAGACAGGCAGAGCGAGAUGAGGGCGUCCAGGUCGCUGGGAGAUCUCAAAGCCUCCGUUCUGAAAGGAUCUGAAAGAGUGCGCAAACACUCCACAGGCUCCCUGAACACGGGCCGCACCUCUCCUCCUCCAGGCAGUGUACCAGAAGAACAGCAGCAGAUCGCUCGGCAGGGGUCCUACACCAGCAUCCACAGCGAGGGAGAGUUUAUCCCAGAAACACUCGAUUCAAAUAUAUUGGAGCCGUUUGGGAGUGCAGAUGGCUCACUUUCCAGCAGCUGUCAAUCAUUGGAUCAAGCGCUGGACAGCCCGCCGUUCUCCCAGAACAACAGGGACAACAAUUACAUGAACCUCAACUAUGAAUACAAAGGCCGUCACGGGAAACACGGGACCUUUCCACGGCAGUUCCACGUGUCCAGCCGCAGCAAAGACUACGGUGAUGGUCGAAGGACUUUCCCUCGAAGUUUUAUGCCCCAAGAGAACUUGUUUCAGCUGGUCCCGUCCAGUCGUACACGCAGCUAUAAUGGGGAAAGCACUUUGCUCUACAGUGGAGAUCUACACUCCAUUAGUUGGAGUGACAGCCAACGCAACGCUCCCAAAUCCCCAAGGGCUCCGGUGAACUGGCGUCAGGGGAAGCUACUCGGUCGAGGAGCCUUCGGUGAGGUUUACCUCUGCUACGAUGUCGACACGGGUCGAGAGCUGGCGGCCAAACAGGUGCCCUUUGACCCCGACUGUCAGGAGACCAGCAAAGAAGUGAAUGCAUUGGAGUGUGAGAUUCAGCUCCUGAAGAACCUCCGUCACGAGCGCAUCGUUCAGUAUUUCGGCUGCUUGCGUGAUCCAGUGCAGAGAAAGCUGUCCAUCUUUGUAGAAUUCAUGCCAGGGGGCUCUAUAAAAGAUCAACUGAAGGCAUAUGGAGCUUUAACUGAGAAAGUAACCCGCAGAUACACCAGGCAGAUCCUGCAAGGAGUUUACUACCUGCACAGCAACAUGAUUGUACACAGAGACAUCAAAGGCGCUAAUAUUCUGAGGGACUCCUCUGGAAAUGUGAAGCUGGGAGAUUUUGGAGCUAGCAAACGCAUCCAGACCAUUUGUAUGUCGGGUACAGGCAUCAAAUCGGUCACUGGCACCCCCUACUGGAUGAGCCCGGAAGUCAUUAAUGGUGAAGGUUAUGGACGCAAAGCAGAUGUCUGGAGUUUGGCUUGCACGGUUGUCGAGAUGCUUACUCAAAAGCCCCCAUGGGCUGAAUACGAAGCUAUGGCAGCCAUUUUCAAGAUCGCAACCCAGCCCACUAAGCCAAAACUGCCUGAGGGUGUGUCCGACUCGUGCAGGGAAUUCAUGCGGCAGGUCUUUGUGGAGGAAAAAUGCCGACCCACAGCCGAGGGGCUCCUCAGCCACCCUUUCGUCCAGGGCGCCUUCUGAGCCCCCCUUCAACAGAUUCUACGGUCUCCGUGGAGUCCCUCGGGGAAAACCACACAUCUGCCUGCGGACAAUCACCACUCUGCCUUCCAGGAACCAGAGAAACCCAAUCAGCCAGCCAACCGAGAACAAACUAGCCCGUAAGGAAGGGAUGCUGCCUCCCAACAGGUUCCCCACACAAGUUCAAUGUUAAAAAGAUGGAUGCUUUAGCUCUGAUAGCACUUCCUGUUAUCAUACUCCGAAUCAGAGUCUUGUGUUAUUCUACCCCAAAUGUGCACUUGAUGAGUGACGUUCACAUACAGAAAGGUAUACAAGGACCCCUUUAGAGGGUGUACACUAUUACCCAGCAUCUCUUGUGGCAAAGUGUACACUCGAAGGAGGAUGGGGAGGCCAUUUGGGACAGGGCAUAUGGUCAGUGAUUGUAAUUCAUGAAUUGUGAACAAAUAUCUCACACAAAAAGCAAGUGUUAUAAGAUCAUAUUAGAAACUAGUAAACCAUUGAUAUUAAAUUGACUGUGAUUAUAAAAAUACCAUCAACUUUGAAUAUAUUACAAAAUAUAUGAAUAAGUCUAUAUGGAUCAACUGCCGUGCUCAUGGGGAUCAUGAGCAGUUUGGGUUACAGAAGUGUCUAUCGGUUUAAAAGAAUUUGAUAACACAGCCAGCACUUAAUACACUUAUGUUAUCUGACUGUAAGACGCAGUGUCAGUGCCUAAACCAUACUGCUUGAAAUUGCAGUUUACAUACCUUACUGCCAGUUGAUCUGAGUGGCUGAAAUAAUCCCCUGAUGUAUUAAACAUCAAUGUACAGUAUAAUGCAUACAAUGUGACGCUCUAGAGUUGAUGGACAAAUCACAAAGGUUCUGUUUUUAGCACAAAUGUAUUAGAAUUUUGAUCUUUGCAAUAGUAGCAAAAGUUAAAAAUACCGUUUUUAUAACAUUUGUAUCAUUCGGUCAUGAAAGAGAGAGUUGAAUUUUACCUCUGCACCCCGGGUCCAAUCCUGAGUGUCAGAACAUACAUUUAAAAGACCUCAUGGAGCAAAUAGAUAAUUGUACUGUACAAUACUCGUUCGAGUAAUUUUUUAAGAUUGCUGUGUAUUUGAUGGUUAGAAUCUAACCAAAUAAGAAUGACACAAAAUAUGACACAUGCAACCACCAAAGUGGGGAGUAAGACAUGUAAAAGCUAUGUCAUUUUCUUCGUCUGUUGAAUGAAGACUGUAUAAACAAAUCUUUUUAUAUAAUGUAAAGUUUAUUUAGUUCAAGUUGCUGUCGUUUAAAAGCACUCUUUACCCAGAGAGUAAAUCACUGUACAUACUGUACAUGCCCAUUGCACUCUCACGCGCAGAGCAACAGCACAUAGGAAAAAUCCGAUGAGAUUCAAGACAUAUUUUUAUACAUUUUUUUUAAUUCACGUGUUUGGAAUAACAAUACCAAGCAGUUUUUGUAUUAUACAAAUUACCCUAAAGUGUCAAAAGCAAUAUUUCAGAGAAGACUACUAUGGCUGGUUUGUUAGCAUCCGUGUAAUGUUUGACCCAUUAAAUACAACCAAAGAGCAAUUGAUAUGCUUGAAUUAUGGAUUUGAUGAUUCAAAGCUGUUCAGUUUGUUUGACCAAUGUUGUCAAAUUUUUUAUGGACUCCAGUGUAUUUUAUGUAACCUAUUUCUUGUGACCUUCAUUGACUUAAAUCUAUCAUUUUCAUUGUCUUCACAUCAUGAAGUUGGACACAAAACUUUAGGAAACAUAAGAUUUUGCUAUCAUUUUGUCUCAAUAUAAAUGUUACAUCAUAAAGGCUUGAAGGCAUUGAUCGCUCUGUUCUGAACUCAAGAUCUUCAACUAAACCAGCAGUGAAGAGCAAACCAACCUUUUUUGUUUUAUGUAUUGCAACCAGUGCCUUCUCUGAUUCCCUUAUUCUGAGAGGUCAGUCGUUUUGAAAAACAUUUAAUGGUGGAAUGUGUCACCUGAAGUCCUUCAAAUGGUUUCAGAAAAGGACUGACGUGAUGAAGAUCUUACUGAAAAUGAUUGUAUUGUAAAUACAUAUUGUACCAAGUCAUAGUGGUUUUUUAUAUUCCAAGAACCUUGUCACGGUGUAUUAAGAUUGCGGAGAGGUCUUGGUUUUAGAUGAUCUUGAUUGACCUUCGUGGUUUUUGAGGGGCUAAAGAAUUUCUGUGCUGCCUUGAUGAUAAAGCCUAGAAACAUUUAUAUGUGAUUUUGUACAUUUGGAUAAAUAAAAUAAAACUUAUAUAUAUAUUA